AUGCCGCCGUCCACCGUUUUCUCGUAUUGGCGUCGCGAUCAUCGUCGACCAAGCCCUGCGCGUGGUUCGGUGUCGCCCGUUGGACCGACAACAGCAGCAGCAGCAGGAGGAGGAGCAGCAUAUUCGCCGACUACCGCUUAUACUACAAACGGCCCUCCGCGUCUACCAGGACUUCCAACGACAACAGCAUUGAAUGGAACGUUUAUUGAAACGCAGGACUCACCCCAGUUUGAGCAUCGGCCGGAAUCCGUUGUGUUUCUCGGUGGUGGUGGUGGUAGUGGGGGUGAAGAUAAGGGCUUGUCAUCUACCUUGAGUUCGCAACAUUCUUAUAAUAAUCUUCGAGUGCCGUCUGCGUCAUCUACGGAUAAUCUGGCUGUCAGGCCUCAUUCGAGCCCGGGGAAUACGGGGAGGCAAGAAGAGACAUUGGUGUCUGCGGAACCGGUUCAGGCGUCCUCGCCUUCGAAUACCAAUUCGAUUCAGCCGGAUGUACAUUCACAGCAAAAGUCGAAUAAUGGGUCGUGGAGGUUGGGAUUCAAUCGCAAUGGGACUAAUGCACAAGCUGAGGAACAUCGAGGGGCACGACCGAGGAAAACUGUUGGCAAAGAUUUACGGAUUAAUACAAAUGUGGAUGGGGAGCUGGGGUUUAUUGGGGGUGUUACAUUGAAGGAAAUGGAGAGCUCUCUAUCUGGACGAGAUCAUGAGCAGCAAUUGCAAUCGCAGCAUGAACAUACGAGUCAACAGAAACAUGGCAAGACCAAACGUCAUCUUCUGAAUCCCAUGUCUCUCCUGGCUCGGCGAAGGUCUUCUCAGUUCAUCGGAUCUCGCGUUGAUGAAGGUGGCCGGAAUUUGGUACCUGCCAUUCCGGACGACUAUGAUCCUCGAAUCCGCGGUAGUAUUGUCCAUGACUUUUCUGCGCCACGACCACGACCUCAAUUAGCAGGGAGAGACGGUAGUAAUGAAUUGGCUAAGAAGAGCAGUUUGCCAUCUAGUGCAGCCACGCGCCACAGUGAACAUUCGCCUGUAUUCAAAGAACAUUUCGAAGAAGAUGGCAAAGUCUUACAGGUGGAAAACAAGGGUUUUUUGCAGUCAUCUUUGUUGACAGAGGCAGGGACAGGGAGUCCUGACGUGGCUGAUUUGCCUGAAUUUGCGCGCAGGUUGCCGUCUAGUCUGCCGGAGCAUGAUGAGAACCAUCAUCAACCGAUUGAAGUCGAGAAGAGUGAGAACGAGCAUAGCGAGACCAUUUCCGUAACACCUUUACCUGGACCUUCAGUUCAAGCCACGCCACGAUCCAAUCCGCGAAAGUCAAUGGAAGCCACGGGACAAGCUUCCAGUAUCCCCAUCCGUCUGAAAAGUGAUGCGUCACGAUUCAGCUUCGAUAUGAAUGGUGUAGGAUCCUCCGUACAGGAGAGACUAUUAGAAGAGAAACACAAGGAAAAAGAAGCCGCUCGCAGAGAAAAAGCGCAACAAGAACGAUCAAGUUUCAGUGAUUACGAUGACGACGACUUUGAUUACGAUGCCAUGGAAGAUGAUGGCGCGUUCGAGGAGCGGAUACCGGGGGUCAAUGCUGAUGCGGAUGAUAUGUAUGGCGACGAGUUCCAGGGGUUUUCAGGGGUGGUCAAGACUUCUUCUGAGCAGUCUACGUUUGUUCCGAUGCUGCCUACUAUUGCUGCUAGUCCGAUUACGCCUGGUUAUUCGGCGUCGGGUAUGCUUACUGGUGGUGAUGUGCAGGUGGAUAUGCCAGCACCAUUAAAUAUAAACACUUCAAUUGAAGAUCAAGGAAUCGUCCAGAACGAGAAUAGUGCUCAAGGAACUGCUGUGGGCAACCUGACAACAACAAUAGCGGCCGCCAUUGGACAGUCACUCCCGCUUAUAGAAGAGGAUGAAGACGACAUGUAUUUUGACGACGGAGAUUUUGGCGAAUUACCGGAGAACGAGGAAAACGAUAAAUUCGAUGAGUCCAUAUUCGACGACGACACCGGCCAACUAUACGAACGCCAGUUCUAUCCUGGUACCAAGAUACCGGUAGCUUUGCAAGGAGACGAACCGGAAACCACGGAAUCUCGGAUGAGACAUGUCCCCAGCUUAGCGAGUGAGUUUCGUCCGGAGUCUUGGGACUUUCGGAAUGGACCUCCCCCGUCAAAACCCACUGGCGGUGCAGGUGCAGGUGCAGGUAACAUAGAGACCGCAAAAGCACCAGGCGGUGUACUUUCUGAACACAAUCUGGAAGCGUUUCAUAGUGCCUUGGCCCGAGUGGCUGAUGAAGCCGCUGCGGGUAAUUUACAACGAAAUACCAGCCUGAGUGAGAAUUCACUUGGUCAGGGAAGUAAUUCUCACCUUGCAGAAUCGCAUCCCGGUCUGGUCUCGGAUGACAACCGGUUGAGCAGCCAGCAUUCGGGGUUCGACGAUGAGGUUUUCGAUGACUUCAAUUAUGACGACGAUGAUGGAUUUGACGAUGAUCUCAUCAUCGCUGAAGCCAAUGCAGAGGCCCUGGAGAAUGACGACGAAGGGUUCUACGGGCAGGAAUUUGGGUUUUAUGCCCGUUCCAAUAACGAGAAUUGCAACGACGAGCCGAUCUACGGCGGUUACUUUGGCGUUUCGGGCGCAGGAGCCCUCAAUCGCAGUCACAGCGGCGGCGCAAACUUUCGUGAACCGAGCUUGACUCCCAUCACUGAACGUAGUGAAUGGAGCACUCGAAACUCCAUCAUUUCGCUGACCACGCAUGGGCCUGCUGCCGUACAGCAGCAGCAGCAACAGCCCAAUCCCGGACUGUCGCAAUUGGUUGAUAUGGAAUAUAAUGAAGAAGACAUGACUCUCGGAGCACUUAUGAAACUUCGUCGAGGUGCUUUUGGGGGUAGCAACGGCAGUCUUCGCAGUACGGGGAGUUUAUCGCCUCAACCUGGACCGGUGGGUGCAUCGAAUCGAGGCAGUUUCCUCAGUAUCCCGGAGGACAGCCCCGUGGAUUUGAAUCCGGAGAUGGGAUUCCAGCAACAACAGCACGGUAUAAUGAAUCAGCCGCCCUUGUCGGAGGGUCAGAGUCUACCUGAGAGUCCGACCGUUACGCUCGACAGGUUGACGGGUGGUGAGAGACGCAGUUCGGCUGGUAAUACUGCCUGA